AGAAGAGACUUUCGAGGUCAUUUCCUCUCCGGACAAAUGAGACAAAGCUGCAAAUUUCAUGUCUAAAACAGGCAAAGGAACAACGGAAAGGAAAAUGAGGAAGACGUUCAUUUGCAAUGAGUCAAUGAUCAUCACCAUCCCAAUCGGAAGCCUGAAGAACAUUCGGGAGGGUCAGCUGAUGCCGGAGAACUUCCACUGUGUGUUCAGGGACAACUUCAAGGUGUUUGUUGUUCGAGGAAAGCCAAAACCUCUGGGGGCAGCUCAAGCAAUUGCUGGUGUGUUUAUUUUCGCUCUUGGGUUUAUUUUGCCAUCAAUGGGGAUCCUCAAUUUCACAAUUCCAAGUGUUGUGUUCUUGAUCUCUGGCAUGGUGACCUUUGCUGCAGGGAAAUGUCCAAACAUGCAUGUGACCAAGCUGUCAUUCUCCCUGAACAUCAUCAGCUUCUUCUGGUCCCUGGUGGCUUUUGGUUUGAGCGUGAACAAGUUUAAUUCACAUUAUCAACUUGACCACCAGCAUCAUCUGAGGAUAGCUCAUGGAAUAAUUGGCCUCAUCAUAACUCUGCUGGUGUUUGAAUGUAUGAUGUCGCUCUUCUUGAUCUACUGGCUGAGUAAAGCUGUGUGCAGAGAACAUUUCAACACCUUGCCCAUCAUAAUGCUGAAGCAGGAGAACUGAAUGAUUCACGCAGAGCAGAACCAGGAAUAAUCAACUCCUGUGUACAUUUUUAUUCUGCUGCUUUAAACUUUCUUUGUUUUUUUGCUCAAAGGCAAAUAGCAGGAAGUUCUGUUUAAAAGAACAUAGAGAUAAGAUGUUUUCCAAUACAUCACUGCUAAUAAUGACAGUACGCUAUAGACAGUGUGCUUCUGUAAAGUUUCCUUUUUGUUCACCAUACAUGGACUCGUCUUGAUGGUUGUGUGUUAGAACAGCUUUUGUUCCACUGUUUCAUCUGAUAUCAGCACAGCUUCUCUCAAACAACUUUACACUUCCUUUAAGUCGUUUUCAGUUUGACCAAAAAUAUAUUUCUUCUAACAAAGUGCAGACAGAAGCUUCAUUUUGGAUGUGGGUAAUUUUAUGUUUUAAAGCUGAAGAUUUGUAGAAGCAUAUCAGUCCUGAAUAAAGCUCGACGUAUUCUGAAUAAUAAAUCACAUCGUAUUUUAUGUAAUUCUCUGACUUUGCCAUAUUUAACAUAUUGUUCAGAGGUGUGGUGAAUUAAUUACCAAAGCUCUUUACAACCAUUGAUUAUCCUACAGAAGCCGUUAGAAUCAUCCAUAAUGUUGGUAAUAAUGAGCACAAAACCGUUUUUCUUAAAAUCUAGAAUCUUAAAUGUGAAGAUCUGGUGGAAGAUCUCAAACUUUGUUUAAGGCGUCAAAUAAACGGCGACCUGAGCUCAUACAGAGCAUGUUUUAUGAAAGAGACGGGGGAUAUAACUGACUCAAACUUAAGGAUUCAUAGUUUACGCACAACAAGAAAGAGCUUUUGUAUUUCAAUUCAUGGUGUAAAAUUAUGGAACAAGUUAAAUGAGAAGUUAAAGUCAAAAUUUAAUAAAAUG